ACUAUUACUAAUGCUCUUAAGGCAAUUGAAAAUUCACCAAAUGAUUUAACCCAAACACCAAAAGUAUUGCGUAAGAUUAUAGUAUUUCAGAAACUGCCCUUAGACGUGCCAUCAAAAUGGCAGUCUUCUCCUUUCUCUAGACCAUGUUAA